AUGCUGGGUAGAGGCAUCAGGCUGAGUGGAGGCAUCAGGCUGAGUAGAGGCAUCAGGCUGAGUAGGGGCACCAGGCUGAGUAGGGGCACCAGGCUGAGUAGGGGCACCAGGCUGAGUAGGGGCACCAGGCUGAGUAGGGGCACCAGGCUGAGUAGGGGCAUCAGGCUGAGUAGAGGCAUCAGGCUGAGUAGAGGCAUCAGGCUGAGUAGAGGCAUCAGGCUGAAGAGAGGCAUCAGGCUGAAGAGAGGCAUCAGGCUGAAGACAGGCAUCAGGCUGGGUACAGGCAUCAGGCUGGGUACAGGCAUCAGGCUGGGUACAGGCAUCAGGCUGGGUACAGACCUCAGGCUGAAGUGCGGACGGCAGGCUCACCGGUUUGGAUACUGGCAGGAUGGUACUGGUUGGAAAGAAUUUUCGCUUUUUUCUGGUUUUAACUACUGGAGCACUGCAAGUAAACGCAGGUCUUCAAAUGGAGCAGCUGGAGACAGAGAAGAGCUGGAGGAUGGAACAGAGGAGGGAGCAGUUGCUACAGAGGGCUUUUUUACAGGGUUAAAGGCAGGAUAGGUGCAGUGAGUGGGAACAGGGGACUGACAUGCGGUAGAUAGCAGGGCAGGAGGAGCUGUUGGGAAUGCAGGAAUAGAGCUUUGAGGAAAUAGAUUAGAAGCAGGACUGGGUUUUUGUAGGCUGACUGAGGCUGGGUGCAACAAAUCUGUCCAUGUCUGCAGUAUGGGUUGAACAAAGCUGAGCUUACACAAAGCCUGUCUGACCAAAGACUGCACUGCGUUUAUACAAUCUCUUAGUAUCUGUGGAGAACAUGCAGCAUAAUGCUCCAAGAAGCAAUCCACAUCAUCCUCUAAUAACCAUACCAGGGACUCUACCUGGUCGGCACUAAAUGGCGGCAAAAAUUCAUCCCUGCAUUCGGGGGUACCAGAUGAAACCAACUCCGCACAAAUCUGAAUCAGUGGCUGCACCUCAGAGAAUUCUGUGCCCUGAUCUACUAGAACAUGAGCGAGCCGUAUACAUUCUAGCAGUUCAUCCCGGGGAUACUCCUUCAGAGUUUGAUAAGCAUACUCUCUGUCAUCAAACACUAGCAGAUAUAAAUACACAACCUCAUCAAGAUCCAUCCUUCCCAU